CUCCUUUCCCGACCUCUCUCUCUCUCUCUCUCUCUUUCUCUCUUAGGAAAAUUGUUAAUCCUUUACAAUUUUUUUUUUUAAAAAAUAAAUAAAUAAAUAAAAGAAAACCUUUACUCCAAAUUUUCUCUUCCUCUUCCACUAUGCUAAAGAUUUUCCCGGAAAAUCUUCAACUCUGAAAUUCCUCCUUCUCGGUCCAACUCUUUUGCUGAAAUGGCUGCUCUUACUUCCCUGUCUUUCUCGGCAUUAAGUCAUUUUUCUGAUCGGAAAGCUUUAAUAGCUUCGUCGACUCGAAAUUCAGCUUCGAAUUCCGAUGGGUUCCGACUCCGUACGAGCUUUUCUUGUCACUAUGUAGGUUUUCGAACAUCGACUUCCAGUUCUCGUAUGGUAAUCCACUGCAUGUCCUCCACGACAGCUCUGCCCACUGUAUCCGAGACAAAGUUAAAUUUUCUUAAGGCGUAUAAGCGACCAAUCCCGAGCAUCUAUAACUCUGUUUUGCUGGAGUUGAUUGUCCAGCAACACUUGAUUAGGUACAAGAGGACUUACAGUUAUGAUCCUGUCUUUGCUCUUGGUUUUGUCACCGUAUAUGAUCAACUCAUGGAUGGAUACCCCAGCGAUGAGGAUCGAGAGGCCAUCUUCCAGGCUUACAUAAAGGCAUUGAAUGAGGACCCAGAGCAGUAUAGAAUUGAUGCAAAAAAAAUGGAAGAAUGGGCUCGGUCGCAGACUGCCAGUUCAUUGGUAGACUUUUCAUCCAGAGAAGGAGAAGUGGAGGGAACACUCAAGGACAUCGCAGAAAGAGCAGGAGGCAAGGGAAGUUUCAGCUAUAGCCGUUUCUUUGCUGUUGGACUUUUCCGUCUUCUUGAGUUGGCAAAUGCAAGUGAACCAACAGUAUUAGAAAAGCUUUGUGCAGCCUUAAACAUUAAUAAAAAAAGUGUGGACCGGGACCUUGAUAUAUAUCGCAAUCUGCUCUCCAAGCUGGUUCAGGCAAAAGAUCUGCUAAAGGAAUACGUGGACAGGGAGAAGAAAAAAAGAGAAGAAAGGGCAGAAUCACAGAAGGCGAAUGAAGCCGUUACACAAUGUUUGGGGGAUUACCAACAUGCACGCCAGUAAUUCAGUGGUGUGGCGGCUCCUAUAAAGUUGAUCACGCUAAUGAAGCUGCAUACCCUCAAAUUUUCAAUGGUUUUGAGGUGUAAUUGGAGUUUUCACAGUUCAGACACAUUAUCAGCUUGUAGGUUUUAAAUUUCUAAUCUAUUGUUUGAAAUGAUAAGCUACUUUUUUUUUUCCUCGCCACUCUCCACCGUAUUCACACAUAUAUUUGUUUCAAAUUUGCUUUACCUACCAUAAAUGUAUCGUUAAGUUCAUAACAAUAGUCUACAAUUUGGAUAUAAUGAGUCAUUAUCUAUAGUAAUCCAAAUUUCAUUUUCUCA